AUGGCGCAACCGCUGGCGGUGCCCUUUUCYCCUCACAGCAUGCUGCCGGCAGCUUCCAUGACGCACCCGCUCACCAUGGUUCCCGAAGGAGACAUCACCAUGCAACAUGAGUCCRACCCGCUAAAGGGCAGCUUGCGAAUUGACGAGUGCGAUGAUGAAGAGGAUCCCGACAGCAAGCCGCGUGCUGCGAAGCGUUCCCGAAUGUCCUUUCAGUGCGACGACUGCGGGACAUGCUAUACCGAGAAGCGCGCUCUGGCGCGGCACCGUCAUACCGACCAGCAUCGAAAGAAGCUGGGCCUGCCGCCCAACAAGAAGCACAGCUGUACAGUCUGUGGUAAGCUGUUCGGCCGCGGUCACGACCUCAAACGCCACUACAACGAGCAGCAUCCCAACCAUGCGGCGGAUCGCACAACACCUGGCAGCAAUCAUUCGGGAGAGCCGGGCUUCAGCGGGUCUGAAUAUGGUGGGAGUGACCAUGCCUUUUCAACAGACGGUGCUGCUGGGUCCUCGGUGUCGCCCAUGACGGCGGCGACUGCCCUCUCUCAAACGCCCGAAGAACGAUGCUCAUCCAGUUCCUCCCUCCCCGAUGAAAAGCCCUUUAUGCGAUACUUCAACAGUCCGGAUGGUUUUCUCAGUCAGCCCAAAGUCGUCAGGCAUGUGCGAACCAUGUCUGACCUCAACAAUCACAUACCCAUCAUCCGUAUGGAUCAGAUCGACGAAAUGGAUAUCAUGGAUGAUGGCCCCGCACCAACUGGUUACGACCAACCACGCUUGCGACCCAGUGCCUCUGUCGGCAGCCUGGCCCAGAGAAGCGACGCUUCCUCGAUGCGACAUUCUCAGUACAGCACCGACCACAGUAUCAACACGCCAGCCUCUGAUAGUKUACCGGACGUCCAUCCAUACAUGACCAAGCCAUCACCACUGAAAGACACCGCAUUCUCUGCCAAUGUCACUCUCAAGGCCAAUGAUGAUACUGUGCAGCCGAUGCUAUGUACAAUGUGCAGUGAAACAUUCGAAGAUGAUCCGGACGAACUUCUUGUCCACCUCCGACGGCAUCUGGAAGACUUUCAAGGCGAAUAUCGCUGUCAAGAAUGCGACAUUGGAUUUGUCCAUGAAGAAGAUCUCAAACAGCACACGCAAGCCGCAAUUAAAGGUCAUUGCGGCUUCGGUUUUCAUCAUGCUGUGCCCUGCACCGGCCACCAUCCUCCUUCUCAACUACCUUGGAUCGACAGUCUGCCAGACUCGGACAACUUUCGACUCUGCAACAAGCUGCGACAUUGGGAACAAGCUCAACUUUCGGCAUACGUUUCAGAGGUAAACAGUAUGAUCGCGUCUCGUAGAGAUGGUACAUUCCAGCGCUGGUCAGUCGGGGAAAUCAUGCGCGGCUCUCGCAAUUCGUUCCGCGUCAGUGUCAACACUUACGCAUCGGCACCUUGCGACGUCGACGAAGAUGGGAAGACUGAUAUCGGAGGACUUCAACAACGAUUCCGACACAUGUCUUUGAAGAAAGCAGGGACAUCUUUGAAAAGCAUCAUUCGCAAGCAACGCUUGCCGCCAUCCAUACCGGAACAGCCCCCUUCAGUCAUGAACAAACAGCUCCAAACGGCGAUUUCCCGCGGAUAUCUAUCACGAGCAGAAAAGCUGCUCCGAGAAGGUGCACAGCGGAGAGCCGUCCAAACUGCAGAUCCCACCCUAACAUCCGAGGCACUCUGGGGACAUGGCUACCUUUUCUCUCGAAACGCAGAGCACCGCGUUUCCGAGGAGGUUGCCGGCACAUGCGCCAAAUGUCACAUCACCAAGUCAUCUUUCGAAAACGGGCUCAACAAGAUCAGGAUGCUGGUCGCUCAUGGCGCAGAUCCCAAUCAACCAGGAGGACUUUGCGGACACCCGCUGAUCACAGCCGCCUGGAUGGGCAAAGCAGACGUUGUCAAAUAUCUACUUCACAAAGGAGCGAGGAUCGAGGAGAAUGUCGGAACCAUUUACGGGACAGCUCUCUGCACAGCUGCAGCUCAGAGCGAUUCUUCGGGAGCUCUCAAAGUCGUCAACGUCCUCCUGGCCGAACGCGCCGACGUGCAUYAUCAAGGACCAGAAGGAACCGCUUUGGAGCUUGCGAGAAGGAAAAUGGAAGCCCUGUCUAUGGAAGCUUUGGGCAUGAGCUCCGCACUCGAAGAUCACCCAGUCCGGACAAUUUGGUGUCAAAGAGUCAUCGAGGUGCUGGAAAAUGCCGAGAGAUGCACGACACCACCAAUGACUGGGACGCUAUACUGCGCGGAUAACAGCUUGACUAGACAUGAUAGCCCGGGCGUCGCGACGUUCAAGUCCUUCAGAUCUCCGGCUGUCGCCGCGGGAUGA